AUAAAGCGCACUGUGGUAGAGACGUCUGCUUACAAACACCAUUAUAGUCAUCUUUGGGAAUCCAGUAGUUGCUCGGCCGAGCUCAUCCCGGGAGCCGCGCCGUCUGUACCUGUCUUGUCUCGUCGGCGGUAGAUAUGGCCGGGUCGCUGCAGGCUGUGGUGCUGCUCUCUCUGGCAACUGUGACCACAGUAUCUGCUGAGAGCCUCCUGUGGCACGACGAGUUCGACACGCUGAAUCUGAGCGUCUGGAAUCACCUCGUGACUGCCUGGAGAGGCGGUAACAAGGAGUUCGAGUAUUAUCGGAACAACAGAAAAAACAGUUUCGUCAAAGAUGGAGUCUUGUACAUUAGGCCGACCCUCACAGCUGACGAAUAUGGAGAAGACGUUUUAUACAACGGUGCUAUCAGAGAACCAGGCUGUAACAGAGAACCCUGUGUGUCGUACGCUGAUGAAGACAUUGUCUUGCCUGUCCAGUCCGCAAGGAUACGAACAAUCAACAGCUUCUCUUUCUUGUAUGGCCGUGUUGAAGUUCGAGCUAAGCUGCCCAGAGGCGACUGGCUGUGGCCAGCAAUUUGGCUGAAGCCCAGAAAGGACGAGUAUGGCUCGUGGCCGGCGUCUGGUGAGAUCGACAUAAUGGAAGCACGUGCGAACAAGAAGCUGACGAACGCUGCUGGUGUCUCCCAGGGCAUCGACAGAGUUGGGGCGACUUUGCACUUUGGACUUAAUUCGUCGUACAACGUCUGGAGGCCCACUCACUGGGAAAUGAACAUAGCAGAGUCUGGCCGUGAUUUCGCAGACGAUUUCCAUGUGUUCGGUCUAGAAUGGACUGCAGAUCAUCUGAACUUCACUGUUGACGGCAAGCGAAUUGGGUCAAGAGGGGUUCCUCCUGGUGGGUUUUGGAAAUUAGGCGGUUUCGAUAAGAUUCCUUCAGCCCGCAAUAUCUGGAAAGAUGGAAAACCCAUGGCUCCUUUUGACAAAAAGUUUUUCAUAAUUCUGAACGUGGCUGUUGGAGGAAAUUUCUUCCCAGACGGUUGGUACAACUCUCCUCAUCCUAAACCUUGGACCUCAAGUUCGCCGUAUCCAAUGCGAGAUUUCUGGGAACAUAGAGACUGGUGGCUACCAACAUGGGAUGAAGAAGACAGGUCUUUGAGAGUCGAUUAUGUGCGAGUGUAUUGUUACGAAUGCAAGUAAACAGCAAAUACUUUCCCCCCAUUUCGCCAGCUUGAGUAUUACUUUCGGAUUCCCAUUUGUUCAGUUCCAGUGUCUGGGACUACACUCGGGAUUUUCAAAAUUAUGUAGAACAUAUCAUGAACAUUAAUAAUUUCUCUUUUGUUAUCCCGUGUGCAGUGGAUAAACAGCUACUGUCAAAUUCUGGCUAUUGCUCUGGCUAGGAGUAUCACGUGACAAUAAACUAUGAAGCCAAUAACUUCGUCCGAAGUCAGAUUUGAAUUACGUAGAUUUUUUCAUAUGUAAUGUUGUUUCUUGCAAAUGUUAUCCAUUGACCAUGCACCACAGUAUAACAUGUGCUGUACUAGUCAUGUAUGGGCUACUGGAGAAAAUUUAUACUGGAAUAAGUAUUUCGUAACCAUGGUAACUGCUGACUCUUAGCAAUGAAGCCAAUAAUUUCAGAAGGAAGAAAAACAUUGUACAAUACAGAAUAAAUAUACCAGACAUUUUGUUGUUAAAAUGUGUGUAAUAAAUAUGUUUGUUGCAAUUUA